AUGCGAGCCGUUCGUUUCCAUGGGAGAGGAGACAUCCGCCUGGACCAGGUCGAGGAGCCCACUUGUGGUAGUGGUCAAGUGAAGAUCAAGCCUGCGUUCGUGGGUAUAUGCGGCAGUGAUCUUCACGAAUAUCUCACCGGUCCACAUGCAGUACCCGUCAACCCACACCCACUGACCGGUGAGAAACUCCCCACCACUCUUGGCCACGAGUUCAGUGGAACGGUCGAGGAGGUUGGGGACGGGGUGACUGGACUCCAGAUCGGUGAUAAGGUUGCUGUCAAACCCAAUCUUAGCGAUGAUACAUGUCAGAGAUGUUUGAUGGGUAGGACGAAUUGCUGCGAUAGUCUGGGGUUUAUUGGAUAUAGCGGGAGCGCUGGUGGUUUGUCUGAUCACGUUGUCGUGAAUUCAAAACAUGCUAUCCGACUACCAGAGUCGAUUCCUCUGGAUAUCGGGGCCUUGGUGGAGCCACUCGCUGUUGCAUGGCACGCUGUCAGCCGCAGUCCGCUUCAAGCCGAUGAUUCUGUGCUCAUUGUCGGCGGCGGCCCUAUUGGACUCGCUAUAGUGCAAGUGCUGAAGGCGCGAGGUAUUAAAACAAUCAUCGUUGUGGAAAUCUCAGCUCAGCGACGAGAAUUUGGUCGUACAUUCGGCGCCUCUCAUACCCUGGACCCGAAGGAAGUGGAUGCCGUUGCAGAGAUAAUAGCCAUUACUGGUGAUUUCCGGGGUACUUCAAUUGCAUUUGAAUGCUCUGGGGUGCAGGCUGGACUAGACACCGUUAUGGCGGGUCUCCGUGUGCGGGGGACAGCGGUCAUCGUGUCACUUUGGGAAAAGAAGCCCACUAUUAAUGCAUUUGUCGACAUUGUCUUGGGUGAGAAACACGUUACCGGGGCCGCCAUCUACGAUUAUGACGACUUCAACGCUGUCAUUGAAGCAAUCGCCUCCGGUAACAUCAAGCCGCAGCCCAUGAUAACUAGCAAGAUCCGUAUGGAUGAGGUGGUUGAAAGGGGAUUCCGGGCGCUCAUCAACGAGAAGGACAAGCAUGUCAAAAUAUUGGUUGAUGUUUCUGCAUGUGUGCUUUAG